AUGGCAAAAAAUAUCGAUUCUUUCGAACAACUUAUGACCCUAAUCGGACGUCUGCGGACGAGGAGAUGUGGUCCGACGUCAGCUUUGACAAUCUUCGCCGCUUACACUCGAACAUCAAGCUACGAAGAAGAAGAAGUCGAAACUUUCUAUAUGGAAAUGGAGAAGUUCUACCGAGAAGAUCAUGCCUUCUACAAAAUCACACAUGGUGAUUUCAACGCCAAAAUUGGCACAAGAAGAAGCCUGAGGGAGUUCCCAUCAGGACCCCAUCCUACAAUGGAAUGA